UUUAAAAAUUACUUACAAUUUAAAUUAAAUAUUCUGAAAUAUUCAAUAAAAUUUAUGAUAUACUAUAUACUUCUUUUGAUUACUAACCCGCCCUACGGGCCAAACCCUAGUUACUUAUAAAAUAGAAAAACGGUUAAAAAUAUCAAAUAUGAAAUAGAAUGGAACUUAUUUCAACCUCAUACUGCUAACUGAUUUAAGAGUUAAAAAUCAUAAACCUUGAUAUAACACAUGUGGAUGGAUUAGUAAGUCACAAUCUAAUCUUACCCAAUUAUAGACAUGAUAGAGUUAACCAUUAGGGUUAAACCACUUGGUUAGUGAUGUUAAUGUCUUAAAUUAUGUCAACGGAAGAACAUAGUUUAUAAGUUUUGAAUCAAACGUAAUCCUGGUGCAUGUAUAUAUAAGCAUGCAUGGGGAGUAUUUUCACAGAGAGUGGAGACGCAUGCAAUGUAAUAUUGCAUAAUCAAACAAAGUGAGGCCAUGCACAAUUCAUAGGAUCCUGAAAUACAAAGAUGUAAAGAAAAAAGAAAGAUAAAGAAUGGGACCAAAAGGGUCUUAUCUUAAACUGUUAAAACGAAUGGAAGGGGGAAAAUCUUACUUAGUGGAGUGGCCAUAUGUAGAGGAAGUGUUGGCGUCCAUGUAACUCCAUUUUAUGUCUUCUUUCUAUCUAUCUAAGACAAUUUCCAAUGGUUCACCUAUUUUUUAUUUUAAAAUACAGUAAUUCUAUAAUAGAGUUGUGAUAUAUUUCAAUCAGUGCCGGUCCGGAGUAUUAUGGCGCCUAAAGCGGAUUAAAAACUCAUGCCCCCAACAAUAAUUUUUUAAGAACUUAGCUUUUAAACCAAACAAAAAUUCAUCAAGAACCCUAAUAUAUUGAUUUAUCAUAUUGAUAAAAUAAUUAUUCUAAAACGUUCAUAUGCAUUUAACAUGUUGCUUAAAAAUACUAUUGGUUUCCUGUUACGGCAAUUCGUUUUGUAUGCAUUUAGCUCAUUUCUUAUAUUGUUGUCAGCAACAGGCAUAAUAACUAGAAUAACUUUAUUUUUGAAAAACAGAACAAUGCUUUAAAGAAGAAAAAAUAAGAGGAAAGAGGAAUACCUCUCGUAAAUGGCAUCGCUUUUGUUUUUGCCAAAGGCAAUUAGUUGGUUUGAUUAUAUUAUUUAAUACAAUAUAAACUAAGAAACUAAGGUUAUAAAUAAAGGAAUCAAAAUCAUUCGAUUCUUUCAGUUAUUAUAAAAACGGAAAAAAAUGAACAAGGAAACUAAGGUUAUAAACAAAGGAAUGAAAAUCAUUAGAUUCUUUCAGUUAUAAAAUGGGGGGAAAAUGAAAAAAAAAAACAGGUUUCGAACAUGCAUACGUGAAAUAAGAGGAAAAUAUUUUAAGCCACUGGACCUAAAAGGAUUGCUUGCAAUUGGUGCCCCUAAAAUGUAUAUAUUGUUUGGCGCCUAAAACCCAAGAUUUAAGGGUUUUAGCCUAGGGCCGGAUCUGAUUUCAAUGAUAUUCUAUUUUAUAAUGAAAAAUAGAGUGAUGAAAAAAAAACAAUUUAUUCUAUAUAUAGAAUAAAUCUAUUUUUUAUUCUAUUAUAGAAUGAAAAAUAGAAUACCAUUUAAACAUUUUUAUUAUAAACUCUAUUUUAGAAUUUAGAGAUGUCUUUAACUUCACUCCUUCGUAAUUUUGAGUCUUCCAUUACAAAGACUGCUUCAGAAAAGAAUGUCAUUUCUUGCAUUCUGCAAUUUUAGUCAACUGAAUUCCUUACGAGGAUAAUUAAUUUAUGAUAGUAUAUGACUAUAUCAUAGAAGAAUUUAAAAUCGGACGCUAUAGGUGUCUGAGCUGUUAAUAAAGGUCAAUGUUUCUUUGGCGUAGGUAAUGUUUAUGCAGCCUAUUAAAUUCGUCUAGGUGUCCAUUAAUAUAUUGGUAAAUAAUAUGUUUGUUAAACAUAUAGGAGUAAAAUAUACUAAAAACAUAUCUACAAAAACUAAUCAAGUUGUCUAGACGGUCCCCGAACGCCCGAUUAACAAUCCUGAGAACAUUGGAGACCAAACCCAACUAUCAAAAUAAUACUAAUAUUUACUUUGAAUAUUUUUGACUCAAUCAUAUCUACUAAUCAUAUAUUUCCAAGUGUAUUAAUCUAAGGGGCCCCUUAAUCUAAUUGUUAUUAUUUACCGCUUAAUUUAAAUGACCAAAUCCAACUACUAAUUGAUCGACGGCUCAGAUCAUGGCAAUAUGUAGUAGCUUUCGGAUUAUGGUGGUGUGUAGAAUUUUAUAAUGGAUGUUGGACAAUGGACAAUUCGAUAAUUUGAAAGCAACAGGCAAAAACAUUAGAACCCCAAAUAUUUCACACGAUGAUAUUUAAAGCAUUACAAGCGCGACCACAUAAUCUUUAGGGACAAAACAAAAAUAAAGUGAAGAAAAUCAUAGUAACAAGACUUUUUUUUUUUUGAGUUACUAAUUCUUGAUACGCAAUGUUUAAAGCUAACGGAAUGGUACCUCUCGACCUUGUAACUUUCGUAAUGACCUAGUUGAUGCAAUUAUUGGGAAUCAAAUAAGUAAUGGGCCUAAGAGCACCAUUAUCCCAGUUUCUGUAAUGGGUUUUUAAAGAUAAUGAUCCAUUUAAAUAAAUCAAAAAGCAAUUAAAGGGUUGUAACCGAUCCUCUAUGUGUAAUUUUUGGAACCGUUUUAAAAGGAUUUCUGAAUGCACGUGUCAGCUUGGGAGCAAAAGGAUUUUUUUUUUGCGUUUUAAUUUCUCUUCUUCUCAUUAUUUUCUUUGUUUCUUCUUUGUUUGUUGCGCUUCGUGAUCUCCGCAGGACCACAUCGAUUGAUCUGUAACGAUCGAUGCCAUCAAUCUCAUCGCCUUCUUCUCUUGCGAUUCUCUCUGCUCUAACUCGAUCUCCACUCUCCUUCUCCAUCUUCAGUCCCUAAACUCACGUCUUCUCGAGAGCCAGAAUCAGCGACCCUUGUUCUUCUCUGAUUGCUUCCCGGCGAGCCCUCAAUCUAAUCCACGAGGAGGGUUGAUGAGGAUUCGAGCGAUCAUACUUGAGUAUUAGUUUGAUGAUGCUGAUUCGAUCGAUGUUUCCAUCUCCAUGAAGCUGGUGUGUUUGUUUAGUGGAUCAGUGCGUUUAUGUGGAUCGUUAAGGCCAAUCACGAGGUAAAGAUUCAUGCUUUAGUCUUGUUGGAAGCUUAAUUAGUUACUGAAUAAUGUAUAUUUCAUAAGUUAUGAUUAGAGAUGACAGCAUCAAGUUACGAGCUUUGUAUAUUGAGUUGUUACAGUUAAUUGUAUCUGUUAAUUAAUUCUUUUAAUGUCUUGAUUCUUCUGCGAGGCUUCUAUUCGUGGUUGAGGGUGUUGCGGCAGAGGAGCAGCAACACAUCAAGUUCUUGGAGUAGCAACUACCACUUGAGACUCUCCGCGAGUCAACAAGGGAGUGUCCAUCAUCAACCCUUUCGUUAUGAGGGUUUUUCACAGGGUGGGGAGAUCGGAUCAUCGCACGUCCCUGUGUAUAGUACUCACGGUACUGACACUGGAAGCAUCGGUGAAGACACACCAUCAGAGCGAAGAGAAAGGAAGAAGUGGACUCUCACCGAGGAUGUAGUGCUUAUAAGCGCCUGGUUGAGCACCAGCAAGGACCCUGUAGUGGGCAACGAGCAAAGAGCUGGUGCUUUUUGGAAGCGUAUAGCUGCUUACUUUGCAGCUAGUCCAAAGGUUCAAGGCGGUGAAAAGCGAGAGUCAAUCCAGUGUAAGCAACGGUGGCAGAAGAUAAACGAUCUUGUUUCCAAGUUUUCUGGAUCCUAUGAAGCUGCAACAAGACAGAAGACAAGUGGAAUGAAUGAGAAUGAUGUAGUGAGACUGGCACACGAGAUCUUCCACAAUGAUCACAAGGUCAAAUUUAAUCUUCAACAUGCGUGGGAUUAGCUGCGGUUUGACCAGAAAUGGUGUGAAGUAGCUACUAGUAAGAUUGAUGGAAGCUGCAAGAAGAGGAAGGGUGACGAUGGUGCUCAGUCCUCGAGCUCUUACGCAACUACCACUGAUGGCGAGCACCGUCCUCCUGGUGUUAAGGCAUCGAAACGAGCAAGUGCUAAGAAAACCAAUGAAGACAUUUCUGAGCUUCAGAGCUUGUGGGCAAUUAAGGAGAAAGAUUUGGAAGUUAAAGAAAAAUUGUCCAAGAUGGGGCUGCUUCAGACUCUCAUUGCCAAAACCGAGCCACUAUCUGAAUUUGAAGAAGCCUUAAAGAAGAACCUUAUUACAGAAAUGUUGGGUUCUGUAUCAGGCGGCUCAGUGUAGUCCUCAUGGUUGUUCGACUAUGUAUCUCUUGUAGUUCUUAUGGAGUGGAGCUUUGGAAGUGGUUUACAGGUCUUGUGUCACGGACGUGGAAAAGCAGAGGUGGCGUGUCUUUUUGUUUUCUUGUGUCAGUGUUGUGGUCACGGAAGUUGCUUUAUCUUAGUUGUUUUGUUGUGUCACAAGACUGCUGUUGUGUUUUGUUGGCUUUUGUAUCUUGUCUUUGUUGUGUUAUACUCUCAUUGUCUUUAAAAUGAGGGCAACUCUUUGUGGAUUUUGUAUCUUGUAAUGAAAGUAUUCUCUUUCUCAUCUUCUCAUUGUCUUUAAAAUACCAUCUUUUCUUUCUCAUCUUCUCCAAACGCAAUCACAAAUGUUCAUCUAAAAGAUCAUAAUAUCUUGUCUUUGUUGUGUUCUACUUUCAUCUUCUCCAAACACAAUCGACAAAUACUCAUCAAACAUAGCACCUUCUCCAAACGCAAUCACACAUACUCAUAAAGUGGUCAACAAGAGGAGAGGCCGGAAAGGAAAAAACGUGUUUAUAUCGAAAGAAACCGUGAAGCAGGCCAUAUACGUUUAUGGAAUGAUUAUUUCAGUGAAACUCCAACGUAUCCUGAAAAUUUAUUCCGGCGACGAUUUAGAAUGAACACGCGAUUGUUCAUACACAUUGUUGAUCGACUCUCCAACGAAGUUCACUUCUUUCGCCAAAAGAAAGAUGGUUUUGGAAGGCUUGGGCUCUCUACACUCCAAAAGUGUACCGCAGCUAUUCGUGUCUUGGCAUAUGGUACUGCGGCUGAUACAGUCGACGAAUACCUCCGUCUCGGUGAAACUACAACUCGGGCGUGUGUGGAAAAGUUUGUGGAAGGAAUAAUAAAUUUAUUCGGUGAUGAGUAUCUAAGAAGACCAACACCCGCUGAUCUUCAACGUCUACUUGAUAUUGGUGAGCAGCGUGGAUUUCCCGGGAUGAUAGGAAGCAUCGAUUGUAUGCAUUGGGAGUGGAAGAAUUGUCCCACCGCUUGGAAAGGGCAAUAUUCUCGUGGUUCGGGUAAGCCAACCAUCGUUUUAGAGGCGGUUGCUUCAUAUGAUCUCUGGAUAUGGCAUGCAUUUUUUGGACCUCUAGGUACCUUAAAUGAUAUCAAUGUUCUUGAUCGCUCACCUGUUUUUGAUGACAUAAUAAACGGUCAAGCUCCGCAAGUCACUUACUCCGUCAAUAGAAGAGAGUACCAAUUGGCUUACUAUCUCACCGAUGGUAUUUACCCGAAAUGGGCAACCUUUAUCCAAUCUAUUCAAAUACCACAAGACCCGAAAGCAGUUUUAUUUGCUCAACGUCAAGAAGCUGCCCGAAAAGAUGUCGAGCGUGCUUUUGUAGUCUUGCAAGCUCGUUUUGCCAUUGUUAAGAAUCCAACACUUUUUUGGGAUAAAGUGAAAAUUGGGAAUAUUAUGAGAGCAUGUAUCAUACUCCAUAAUAUGAUAGUAGAAGACGAACGAGAUGGAUACACUCACUUUAAUGUUUCAGAGUUCCAACAAGGAGACGACGCCGGAAGUUCACAUGUCGAUCUCACGUAUUCUACAGAUAUGCCUUCAAAUAUCACUAAUAUGAUGGGUGUUCGAACUCGAAUUUGUGAUAAACAAAUGCAUCAACGCCUGAAAGCUGAUUUAGUUGAACAUAUAUGGCGUAAAUUUGGACGUGAUGAAGACAACAACUGAGCUCUGAUGCUUCUUUCAAAUUAUUGUCGUUUACUUUAGUAAUCUUUGUUUUUAUGUUUUUAUUUAAAAUCAUAUGUCGAAAAUGUUAUCUUUUAAUAUGUUUUAUUUAAUAAAUAAAUUUCAUCUUAAAAAAAAUUAUUUAAUUUU